CAGACGUUUCUCUAGUAGCUGCGAGACCAGCGUGAUGUGAAGAGCGUUUCAGGCAAUCCUGAGUUCGGCAUGUCUUUGACGAAGAGCACGUAAGAGCCAACACAGCAAUAAUAAUGAAAUAAAGCCGUAACUUUUUGUUAACCUGCUAUAGGCUAUCUCCAACAUCGGUUUUUAUAUUCACGUGGACACAGAGAAGCACUUCAGAACCGUUGCGUUAAGAUAGGGGGCCAACGACACGGAUCUUAAACUGGACUUGUAACCCAACAGGCUGACCACUCAUGUCACCGAUAUAUGGACGGACAUAAACGGAAACAGACCUUUAAGAAGUCCAGAAGGCUACCAGAGGCGAGGACGUAAACGCGUAAAUGAGCGCAUGGGUCCCGCUCAGCGCGCUUGAAAGGACAUAACAUCACGAGAACUUCUGGCACACUCUGUUUCUCUUUUUCUUCUUCGUGGACACUAUAACUCAUUUUACUCUGAUGUGACGGGGAUUUUCUUAAAUUAUUGUUUUUUUAUUAUCUUAAUCCGGUGACAGGGAAGCGUCCCAGCAGAGUCGAAAGUGCUCAAAGGCUCCUUGGCGCACGUUGUGCGUCCCAACUCCAGGCUGAUGAUCUGAGAAGAACUAUUACCGUUCACUGUGUUGAAUUAAAGAAGAAAUGCAUAGAGUCCGGCGGGAAGUUUUGGGGCUGUUGAUAGUUCUCCUGACUCUUUCCCUACUGACAGUUAAAGGACUGCCUAUCAAAAGGCACAGGAACAGUCACGCAAAAUCCAGAGGCGCUUCCACUGAGGUCAAAGGUCAGACGGGCGGGAAGGAGAAGGAUGUCCGGCAGACGCCACGGAGCCUCCCGGAGGAAGAGGAAGAGGAGAACGGCCUGCGCUCCGACCCUGAGCCCCUGGCCAUGGUGUUGCCCCGACGACACAAGCGGCGCUGGUCCCAGCAUCUCCGCGGCGACGCCGCAUCUGACCCCACGCUGCCCCGGCCGGCGCCCCACGAGGAGACGCAGCCCUUCGUACUCGACCUCAAGAACUUCCCCGAGCUCGUCAAGGACCUGGGGGCGCAGAACCCCAACAUCCAGGUGACGAUCGAGGUGGUGGACAACCCCCAGAUGGAGAUGGAGAUGGACCUGGCCAAGGAGACUGGCCGUAACGACUGGUCCCUCUCCUCGUCCUCGGAGGACUGGCUGGGGGGCCACAAGAACCUCUUCUGGCCCCUCUUCUGGGAGUACCAGGACCCCCUGGAGGAGGCGCAGGAGGCGCAGGACGCGCAGGGCCAGGGGAGCGUGGAGGACAGCGGGGAGGACUACUCCUUCAGGGACGGGGACGAUGCAGGAGGGGUGCUGAGCGGAGGAGGAGGAGGUGGAGGAGGAGGAGGUGGAGGAGGAGGGGACUGGGGGAACAGUUGGAAGGGCUGGUACUCCAAAGACAACUACGAUUACGAGGAGGAGGAGUGGAGCGAGUGGUCGCCGUGCAGUGUCUCCUGUGGCCAUGGCAACCAGAAGAGAGUGCGCUCCUGUGGCUACGCCUGCACGGCAACGGAAUCCAGGACAUGUGACCUCCACAGGUGCCCAGAUGACCUGAACACAGUGACUGAGCUGAUUCCUAUUGACACAGGCAACACCACUCAGUCUUUUGGCACCGACGUGGACAGCUGUGAGAAGUGGCUGAGCUGUAAGAACGACUUCCUGCAGAAGUACCUGCACCAGGUACUGACGGAGCUGCCGAGCUGCCCGUGUGCGUACCCGUCGGAGGCCGUGUACAAUGCCGUGACCAUCACCGACCAGCGCCUGCAGAAGACCUUCCGGUGGCGCGACGCCAGCGGCCCCAAGGAGCGCCUGGACAUCUACAAGCCCGGCGCCCGCUUCUGCACGCGCUCCAUGCUCUCCUUCGACAGCACCACGCUGGCGGCGCAGCACUGCUGCUACGACGAGCAGAUGCGGCUGAUCACGCGGGGCAAGGGCGCCGGCGCGCCGAACCUCAUCAGCACGGAGUUCUCGCCCGAGCUGCACUACAAGGUGGACGUGCUGCCCUGGAUCCUGUGCAAGGGCGACUGGAGCCGCUUCCACUCCGUCCGGCCGCCCAACAACGGGCUGCAGUGCACGCAGAAUCCGCGCGACGACGUGUACAAGACGGAGCUGGAGGAGGCGCGGGAGUACUGA